GACACGAGUUCAGCAGAACACAAAUCAUAACCAUCAAUAAACAGUAAUUUUGAUGUUGACACUUGCGUGUAAAUUCGUUGGUAUUACUGAGCCGUGAGUAUUCUUUGUCUCUGUACGAGUGCUUGAAGGAGCGAUCCAGUGCGUGCGAGAAGUCUGAUCCGUGCAAACCUUGAGAAGCCUAGUGUGUUGCUUCGGAGUAGGAUGCCGAACAUCAAAGUUUUUAGUGGUACAUCGCAUCCAGACCUUGCGCAGCGGAUUGUCGACCGUCUUGGAAUAGAUCUGGGAAAAGUCGUUACUAAGAAAUUUAGUAACCUUGAGACAUGCGUAGAGAUUGGAGAAUCAGUCCGUGGGGAAGAUGUGUAUAUUGUUCAAAGUGGAAGUGGCGAAGUAAACGAUAACUUAAUGGAAUUGUUGAUUAUGAUAAACGCUUGUAAAAUAGCGUCUGCUUCUCGAGUGACUGCUGUCAUUCCAUGUUUCCCAUACGCAAGACAGGAUAAGAAAGACAAGGCUGGUGGAGAUGGGGAAAGUAACGGAAAUGAUGUUACUCCUUUCAGAUUGAAACCCAACAACGAAUGGAAGUUUCGGAGCCGAGCACCGAUAUCAGCCAAGUUGGUGGCAAAUAUGUUAUCUGUGGCUGGUGCUGAUCACAUUAUUACAAUGGAUCUCCAUGCAUCUCAAAUACAGGGAUUCUUUGAUAUCCCUGUAGAUAAUCUGUAUGCAGAACCAGCUGUUUUGAAAUGGAUUAAAGAAAACAUAGUAGAAUGGCGUAACAGUAUUAUAGUAUCACCAGAUGCUGGUGGUGCCAAAAGGGUUACAUCCAUAGCUGAUAGGCUGAAUGUUGAAUUCGCACUUAUCCAUAAAGAACGCAAAAAAGCAAAUGAAGUUGCAGCAAUGGUGCUGGUUGGAGAUGUGAAAGACAGAGUUGCCAUAUUGGUAGAUGACAUGGCUGACACUUGUGGUACAAUUUGUCAUGCUGCUGAAAAGCUUCUGGAAGCUGGUGCAACCAAGGUUUAUGCUAUCUUAACUCAUGGUAUAUUUUCGGGGCCUGCAAUAUCAAGAAUAAACAAUGCAUGUUUCGAAGCAGUAGUUGUAACCAACACUAUCCCACAAGAGCAACACAUGAAGGACUGUCCUAGGAUACAGUGCAUUGAUGUGUCAAUGAUGUUUGCUGAAGCAGUCCGUAGGACACACAAUGGAGAAUCAGUAUCAUAUCUAUUUUCAAAUGUACCAUACUGAAGAAAUAUAGAUACUGUGGACAUGGAAUGUUGAACGAGGUUAUAAAAGAAUCUCAUUUCUUUACAUAUUGAAAUUCUGUAUAGAUACUUAAUUUCAUAACCAAAAGUAGAUAAUUACUGAAGAAUCAAUAAAGAGAAUAUUGUUCAUAGUUGUAAUAAGCUGGCUUUCAGUUUUAUUUGAGACCUGUCUUUUACAAAGAACAUUUGAGAAACCUUGUAAUUGAUUGCUUGUCAGCAAACUUAUUUUGUGUAUGUGAUGACUUAACAGUUAUUCUGUUUAAAAUGAACUGUCUAAAGAUGUUUUUAUAUGCAUUGUUGUACACUUUGUAUCAUUUUACUUAUACUUCGUCUGCUGAAUAAAUAUCAGUUCUUAUAUUC